CUCUUUGUGCACCACGCUUUAUUUUUUUCUGCAUUUUAGCUUGAAAAUUGAAAACUCCAUUGCUUCCCUGUCUUCCAUUUCUUCAAUUUUCUACACAAAUACAAUCCCUUCUACCCUGUGUUUUAACGCACUGCAAAAAGUGAUCAGUCAUGGUUGCUCUUCGAUGUAAUUUCAUUCCUUACCCCAAUUACCAUUAUCAUUAUAAACCCUAUAAAACUCCUAAGCAAAUUUCCCUCUGCUUGUCUUCCUUCAUACCCUCCACACAACCAUUAUCAUCAUCUUCAAAAUGCAACUACUCCAGUAAGUCAUUGUUCAAUCCGUCUUCUUACAGGUUGAGGACGGCUGUUUCUGCUCUUGUUUCUGAAGAAAGCUCAACUGGGUCUUUGUCUUCGCCUUCACUUGCUAAUGGGUUCAAACUCACUUAUCUUGAGGGUAAUAGUUGGUUGUGGGAAGUAGGUGGUAUGAAGCUAUUGGUUGAUCCAAUUUUGGUGGGUAAUUUGGAUUUUGGCAUUCCAUGGCUAUAUGAUGCUGCAAAGAAGUUCUUGAAGAAUUUUCAGCUUAGUGAUCUUCCUGAAGUGGACUGUCUGCUAAUCACACAGAGCUUGGAUGAUCAUUGCCAUUUAAAGACCUUGAAGCCACUUUCAGCUAAGUUUCCUAACUUGAAAGUGAUAGCAACUCCUAAUGCCCAAACAAAUCUGGAUUCUCUUUUCAGCAAUGUAACAUAUCUCGAACCUGGUCAGAGCACCAGUAUUGAGGGAAUAAAUGGAUCAAAAGUUACAAUAAGUACCACUGCAGGGCCUGUUCUUGGUCCACCUUGGCAGCGACCCGAGAAUGGGUAUGUUAUAUCUUCUUCUCAAACUAAACUGACCCUUUACUAUGAACCUCAUUGUGUCUACAAUGAGGCGUCACUGGAGGAGGUGCGUGCAGACAUUGUCAUCACACCAGUCAUAAAGCAGCUUCUGCCAAAUUUUACACUAGUUUCUGGGCAAGAAGAUGCAGUCAAACUUGCAAAGUUAUUGUGUGCCAAGUUUGUUGUUCCGAUGAAUAAUGGAGGUCUUGAUAGCAAAGGUCUUCUUGCUAGUUUGAUUUCGUCUGAAGGAACCAUGGAAUCUUUUAAGAACCUUUUAUCUAAGGAAUUGCCUGACGCAAAGGUGCUAGAACCAACCCCAGGUGUACCAUUACAGAUACCGGCGCCGCAGAAUAAAUCAUCUGAAGUUAGCCAGCAAUCCUGUUAUUAAAAUACUGCUGACUGCACCAUAAAGGGAAAACCCCGGAAGGGACGAUACUGUAAAUCACUGUGUACACCAUUUUAUGCUGUGAAAAUGUUUAUUUACAAAAUUCAUUACACAAUAGAUUUUCAUAUACAUUCGAUUAAAAAAUAAAAAAUAGAUGUUCUUAUACAUAUUCAAGUUUAUAGUGUAGAUUAUCCCUCAAUAGAUUUUUGUUUAGAUGAUUUGAUAUUUAUAUUUCCUUUUAGAAAUUAAUAAUGUGAUUAUUUGAAUAUUUUUUACUAUUCCGUUUUGAACUUUUAACUGUAGAAAAAGUUUUGUAUGAACUUGAUUCAUAUUUUAGUGUGUAUUAACAUUAAAAGGUAUUAAAAUAAUAAAUAUGCAAUUGAGUAUAA